AUGAUAUUCAACGUACAUUGCUACGCAGUGUUGAAAUCUAAUGCACAAAUUGAUACGAAUAAUGUUUUUCACUUGUGUUCGGGAGGUAAUAUUAACUCUAGUACGUAUCUGUCCAACCUUAAUCUUGUUAUGUCAUCUUUAACAAAUUCAUUCAACAAAACCAUUGUUCGUAAUGGAUAUUACAACAACACAAUCGGUCGAAAUCCCUAUGCCGCUUAUGGAUCUUACCAGUGCAUAGGUGAUAUUACAUUAGAACAAUGUCGAGACAAUGUUGAUUUAGCCGCUAAAGAAAUACUACGCCGCUGCCCAAACUUUGAAGAAGCAAUUAUUAAGUACAAAGAAUUAACUGUUUUAAAAUACUUCGCUCGGUCAUUCUUCUCAAUCAUGCGUGAUAAACCAUCAUUUACUCUCCCUAAUGUUGACUUUGUUACAAGCCCAGGGGAGUUUAAUCCAACAUUCGACAAUUUGAUGGAAAAUAUUUUAACAGAAGUUGCUUCUCAUAGUGUCUCUUCUUCGUCUUGUCCAACUAAUAAAAAUUUGUACGCUAGUGGGAGCAUAGAGGUUAUGCCCUCACAGAAAAUAUAUGGGAUGGCUCAGUGCACUUCUGUUUUAUCAGUUAAGGAUUGCACUCAAUGUCUUCGUGGGGAAAUCCAUGAUAUUCGAAAACGGUUCAGAGGGCGUGUAAUUGGCGGAGUUAUUUGUUGA